AUGGCCCCUCAUAUAGCAGACAUGACAGCAGAGGAGCCCCUGGGCCCGUGGGUGUCCAGCCCUGUGGGGGAGGUCAAGUUAACGCCUGAACGCAGGCUGGAGGAGGAACUCAACAACUGCAACCAAGAAGCAACACACUAUCACACAGACAUGCCCGCUGAGGGAUGUGCACCAAACACUGACAGUCUGUGCAGCGAGGAGCCAUUUUGUAGGAUCUGCCAUGAAGACAGGGCGUCAGGGGAGCUGCUGUCGCCCUGCGAGUGCUCUGGUAGCCUGGCCAUGGUGCACCGGGCCUGCCUGGAGCACUGGCUCACCGCCUCCAACAGCAGCCACUGUGAACUCUGCCACCACCAGUUUGCACUGGAGCGCCUGCCAAAACCUCUCACUGAGUGGUUGUGUUCUCCGUCCAUGCAGCAGCAGAGGAGGACGCUGUGUGGUGACGCAGUGUGUUUCCUGUUCAUCACGCCACUGGCCAGCCUGUCAGGGUGGCUGUGCGUUCAGGGAGCCAUGGACCUCCACUACACUAACGGCAUGGAGGCCCUGGGGCUCCUGGUCCUCACGCUGGCCCUCUUCACCAUAUACGUCUUCUGGACCGUGGUAUCUGUGCGCUACCACAUGCAUCUGUUCAGGACGUGGAAGAAGACGGACCAGAGAGUGCGACUGCAGAUUCCCUCGCCCCCUCACGCCACAUCCAACCAACACGUCCUGUGCAUAAACACCUUCGGCAAAGCCACCAACAAAGAGACUAUGGUGUAG